AUGUGCCCCCGCAGAUGUGUACUUUUGAUCAUUCAAAUGGAGAAAUGAUCAAAGAAUUUGCAUUGCCUAUAAAAGUUUCGUUACCAAUUGGAAAGGGUGGGGUUGAGCUCAGGAACAUCAAACAUCGACCCAAAUGCUUUCAUGGUUACAUGGGGGCCUCUUUGUGCCUUCGUCUGCUCCUUCCUCCAACUGCGCUCUGCCUGAAGCACACCACUUGUUGAUGAUUUGCUUCCCCCAUGUGACAACAUUUCUAUGUCUGCCCUGUUCCCUUCCUUCACUUCUUUGGGUUUCAUGCCCAUUGGCUGCGCUGGUUGAAUCUAGAAAGGGGGGACAGCCUCAUUUGAUGCUUUAUAAUAACUCCCCAGUCCUUUUUAGAAACAUUUCACCAGUGACUGCACCAUCUCCUUCAGUAGACCAGCAACAGGAAAUAGUUAGAUCUGCAUUGUUUUCAUCUCGGAGACACCCCAGCUUGGUGUGCCGGAUAUCCAAAAGCGAGCAUUGGUGUGAAUGAGGCCAGUAUACAGAGCAUCUCCUUUAUUUCAGGCUGGGAAGAUCUCCUCCUUCUUGAACAGAAGUCAGGAAUUCUCAAGGGAGUGUGCCUAUAGUGCUGUGACCAAGCGACCCAUACAAAACUCUGGCUGGACCUUAACCAUUACUUCUCAAUGGCCCUCUUUCUCCCUUCGCUCCUUCUGGCCUUUUGCCUGACCUACUUAAAGAUGCUGGGUGUCUCCAGCCAAACAACCAACAGUUACAUGGACAGCGCCAUCCCUUUGGAGGUCCUGGAUCAAGAGAAAGCAUACAGCCGUCUCCAGCCAGGCAUCCUCCUGGACUUUAGUAUCACUCCCAACCAAUCUGGAGAUCCAAGAGGUGCUGUCACACGGGACCCACAUCCGCCAGUCAUGUGUGUCAAGCGGACAGAGAUCCGGGAAGCCUUUAAGUACAUCAACACUUUUGUGUCCUGCACCAUCUUCAUAGUGGGCAUCAUUGGCAACUCCACCCUGCUGAGAAUCAUCUACAAGAACAAAUGCAUGAGGAACGGGCCAAAUGUCCUUAUUGCCAGCUUGGCACUUGGGGACCUUCUCUACAUCAUCAUUGGCUUGCCUACCAAUGUGUACAAGCUCCUUGCAGAAGACUGGCCUUUUGGGGUCCUGGGGUGCAAACUGGUGCCGUACAUUCAGAAGGCCUCUGUGGGCAUCACUGUCCUCAGCCUCUGUGCUCUCAGCAUCGACAGGUACCGAGCUGUGGCAUCCUGGAGUCGGAUCCAAGGGAUUGGGAUUCCCAUGUGGAAGACAGUCCAGGUGUGCCUCAUUUGGAUAGCAGCCUUCUGCUUAGCCAUCCCUGAAGCUUUAGGCUUCAAUCGGAUUAAUCUGGAAUACCGUGGGCAGAUGCACCGGGUCUGCAUGUUGGUCCCAGAACAGAAAUCUGUCUUCUUGAAGUUCUACAUGGAUGUGAAAGAUUGGUGGCUUUUUGGCUUCUAUUUCUGCUUGCCCCUGGCCUGCACAGGGGUCUUCUACUCCCUCAUGUCGUGUGAGAUGCUGAGCAAGAGGAACGGAAUGAGAAUCGCGCUCAAUGACCACAUGAAGCGGCGCCGGGAAGUGGCCAAGACGGUGUUCUGUUUGGUGAUGAUCUUUGCUCUCUGCUGGCUGCCCCUCCACCUCAGCAGGAUACUCAAGAAGACCAUCUACAACCCAAAUGAUGCUGAUAGAUGUGAGCUGCUCAGCUUCCUUCUGGUCAUGGACUAUUUUGGCAUCAACAUGGCCUCACUCAACUCCUGCAUCAAUCCUGUGGCUCUUUAUUUUGUCAGCCGGAAAUUUAAGAACUGCUUUCAGUCUUGUCUUUGCUGCUGGUGCCAAAGACCAGUUCUUGGCAUUGUACCAACAGAUGACAAAGGCUCUGUUGCAAAGUGGAAGGUCAAUGGGCAGGAGCUGGGCAUCGACCGGAGCAGCUCCCACCUGAGUAACAAGUACAGUUCUACUUAGAGCCACGGAUCAGCAAGAUACGUAGCAUUUAGGACCGUGGAGAUGACUGUUGUGUCAGUGCUUCUGGCCUCCUGUAACUUCUCUUGAACUUCUCUGCAUUAUUUACCUUCCUUCUUCAGCACCUCGUUUCCCUUUGAAGACUCCCUGCUUGUCAGAUAUUCCUUUGCCACCUACUGAUUCUUUAAUUUCCUCCCAAUAAUAACCUUCCCCUUAAACAGCUGAGUAUCUUAUAAGCAAAUGAGUGGCUGGAACAGACUGAAGAUCUCUUUACAUGGGAUAAGAACAGUAUGAUACACCAGAUGGAAUUAGACUGUAACUCCUAUCAAUCUACAUCAAUAUAGUCAAUUGCAAUGAAUAAUGGGAACUGCAGUAUCUGGAGAUGUACACCGUUCCCUACUCUACACCAGUGGUUCUCAACCUUUUUUUGACCAGGGGCCACUUGACCGGAGACCGCUCUCCAACAUUAGUACCAAAAGGGUUACAAAUCAGUUUUUGGUCAACUUUAGAUUCGGUUUGGUUAUUUGGGGUGCUGAUUCAGAAAAUUGCAUUGGAUAGACCACAUCAGCUCUAGUUUCUGAUACAGAACAUAUGCCAUCCAGUAGUCGCCAUCUGCUCACCCACAGAAAAGCAUCUUUAAUAAUCUAGAGCUGAUUUUCCCCGCAUGUCUCGCAGACCUUUUUAGGUCUCACAGCCCACAGGUUAGAAACCACUGCUCUACACUAGAACAAUAUAGAAUUUCUACUUUUACAGGUUUCUCCAUAAACCCUUACAUCCAGAUAUAAAGGAUAAGAGUAUAAAGAUUUGGAAGCCAUACGCCUGGCCUAAUUUUUGACUUUUUGAUAAUUUCCCCAUUUGUUUACUUUUUGUUUCACCCAGAGCUCUUUCACAGCACACAGCUAUAGUUGGCACUGUCUUUGUAACCAGAUGCAAAAUGAUCUUCAUCAUCAGUCACUGGGUGCAUCGGAAGCCAUAUGGUAAGUCCAGGGAAUGGCUGUAGGUGCUGCAAAGGGAGCGAGGGAUACACAUAAGGCAAAUAUAAGAGUGAGCAUGCCCCUAGGAGCCUGUCAGUUAUUGUACGUGACAUAAAAAGACUAUUGCUUGUAUCCCAUUGUUACUUCCAUACAGAGGAGACCCAUUGACUGUGGCUCGCCUAAAUGUUGACUCUCCAUUCAAUAAUUGAUUCAAUAUGUCUUCUUUAAUUGAGACUAAUCAAUAAGAUUUAGAGCUUUAAAAUGGGUGUCUUUGGUUAGAUGAAUUCAGCUUGAUGAACCUGACAUCCCUAAAUUUAACUGGCGCUGAAAUGCCGUUCUUUAUUAUAUCAAGAUGACAAGAGGUCUGCUGAUUUAUUCAAAACUUCCCUAGGACAAAGACAGCCACUCUUUGUGAUUUUAAUAGAUUUUAUAUUCUGCACUGUGAGGUUUGAGGUUUGGUGAGUGCCAUUUUUUUUUCAAACAGUAGCUCGACUUAUCUUCAGGCAAGUUUCCACUUGCAAUAUACAAAAACAAAAUAAGAACCAAGUCAGAUAGUAUUAAGACAUCCGCAGAAGACUGAUAGAUCUACAGCAGUUAUCCAAGAUCACUAAACUGAGCCUUCAAAAUCCAGAGGCAGGAUAUCUCUGAUAUCAAAUACUAUGGGGUACUCAAAUCGAGCAGUCUUUUUUACUCUUCACUGCCAUUUGCACAUGGUAGGGCAUUAUUCAUGGAAGAAUGGAAGCCAUCAAAAACCAUUGGCUGGGCCAGGAGAGUUUCCAUGAACACAUUUACAUUUUAAUACCCUUGGAUAACUCAUGCAGAGGAAGAAAACAAUAUUGAGGCAACUCUGCAGGGCAGCAGCAAAUGGAUGUGUUGAGUUACAAAUCCCAUUCACCACAGUGGCCAUGAUCACAGGACAGGUUGCUUGAUAGUGGGAUACAGUCAGUUUUGAAUGCCCAUCAGUCACCAAUGCUGCAGUUUAGCUCCCCAACCUAGGUCUCUAUAGAUUUUAGACUGCAGGUCCUUUCAGUCACAGACAACAUAGUCAUAGAAUCUAUACUCAGUGGUUGGGGUGAUGGGAGCAAGGUAAGCAUAAUGUGUUGUCGAAGGCUUUCAUGGCCGGGAUCACAGGGUUGUUGUAUGUCUUUCGGGCUGUGUGGCCAUGUUCCAGAAGUAUUCUCUCCUGACGUUUCGCCCACAUCUAUGGCAGGCAUCCUCAGAGGUUGUGAGGUAUGGAUAAAUUAAGUAAGGUAAGCAUAGUUCAACAUGACUAGAGUGAUGGGAACCCUACUCCAGCAUAGUCCAGCAUGACUAGAGACCACCAGGUUGAGGAUCUUAUAGUCACCUUCUGAAAUAUCAGAGGUUAAUGCACUUCCUGUUAUUAGUUUCCAAGGAGGACAUUUGCAUAAAUUUGGAGAUACCCCACCCCACUCCCAGAAAAGAUAUAAUGCCAAAGACUGAUAAUCCACACCUUCCACAUUUUUCUGCACUAUGAAGAGUUUUUCUGAAUGCAUUCCCAUUCAUUCCUUCAACCUGUCGUCCAAUUUUCCAUUGGAUAGCUUAGCACUAAACAGCUGUAUUUUGUUAUUUAGUAACCCAAUGCUCAAUUUGUGUGUGUGUGUGUGUGUGUUUUAAAGUUUUCAAACAUGGUAUUGUUUCCCCUCUAUGUAUGUAGAGCAGUUUCCAUCUCAUGUGUGGCAUGUAUAUAUUGCACGAUUAAGCUUGGGUUUCAAAUAGAUGUUCAGUUUUCAGUCAGUAGGAUAGUGUUGAGGUUUGAGCAUUGGACUGCGACACUCAAUUCCCCAUCUGGCCAUGGAAGCCCACUAGGCAACCCUGGGUGAGUACAUAGUCUCAGCCCAGAAAACCCUGUGAUAAGGUCUCCCUUGGGUCACCGUAAUUUGGAAAUGACUUCAAGGCACACAAGAUAGUUUUAUACAAUGACUAAAGUGCUAUUAGUGCAGUGUGCAUGGAUCAGUUAUCCCCUGCACGUGCCAUCUUGCAUCUCACUCGUUGUGUUUGACAAUAAAGUUUCAGUCCCCAAUACUACAAUUUUCUUGGAAAUGGUUCUAGAGAGCUCAAAAGCAGGCUUCUGCAACACAACUUGUGCAAUGUCCAAAGCUUAACUAGGAACCAUUAUUCACUACAAGAUAUGUCUUCCACAAGCCAGAAGGCAGUAUGCUGGCUUGAAUAGUGGGAUUGCAAGUCCCGUGCAACCAGGCCACCUUGGUUGGAAAGGCCAGCUGUGCAAUAGAUAUCCAAAAGAAACAGUAUACUUUGAGCUCAUAAAUGCAUACAAGUGAAUGUGUCGCCAUUGACACCACAAUUAUGUGGGUCUCUCCAUAGUGUUUUAUGACUAAUGCUUGUGAUUUGGUGUAAUGACUUUAUUGUAGUUGUCCUGUAGAUAGGCUUAUUUUGGAUUAAAACAUUAGUGGACUUUUUCACA